GGCUUGGGAAGACCGCGCCAAAGCUCAGACAGCGGCCACUGUUCAGUACAACAGUCCGCCGCAGAGGCCCUUUAAACGCACUCUUCUGUCGGCACGACUACUAUACACAUCGGAGUGGUCGGCUUCCCUUUCUUCUUCUUUUAUUUUUACUUCUUAAGAGGACUGUUUUUUAUCGGAGAUACCUGAGUCGAGACACAGGAGUCAUAUUUGAUGCUGGUUUUUGGGGAACGGUGUGCGACUUCGCGGUCGUGACACGACUUUGACGGGCGCGGUGCGGCGGAGUUGGCGCACUGCUGGACUGGAUUUAAUAGUCGCUCGCAGCCAAGACGGUCCGCACCACCAUUUACACUGCGUCUGAACCCACUUCUUUUCUUACUUAUAUUGUUUCUUCGGACUCCCAGCGAUUGAAUAGACGUCGUCUACACGGUCGUUUCAGCUUGAAUAUGUUGCUGUCAAAGUUUGGUUCAUUUUCGCAUAUUUGCAAUCACUCGAGUAUGGACCAUCUACCAGUGAAAAUACAGCUCCAGCCGGUUAAAGUGGAGAAGGAGCCUUUCGAGAAGGUUUACCAAGUGGGAUCCGUACUGGGAAGUGGCGGAUUCGGAACUGUGUACGCCGGCAACCGUCUCUCUGACGGCGCACCGGUUGCCGUGAAGCAUGUCGCCAAGGAGCGGGUGACGGAGUGGGGCACAAUUAACGGUACUAUGGUGCCUUUGGAGAUCCUGCUGCUGAAGAAGGUCAGCUCGUCUUUUCGCGGAGUUAUCAAAUUGCUGGACUAUUACGAGCGCGCGGACGGCUGGCUCAUCGUCAUGGAGAGGCCGGAGCUCGUGAAGGAUCUGUUCGACUUCAUCACUGAGAAGGGCGCCCUGGACGAGGACACGGCUCGGGGCUUUUUCCGCCAGGUUUUGGAGGCGGUCAGACACUGCUACAGCUGCGGUGUGGUACACAGAGACAUCAAAGAUGAGAACCUGCUGGUGGAUCUACGCACCGGGGAGCUCAAGCUUAUCGAUUUCGGCUCAGGGGCGAUUCUCAAGGACACAGUCUACACCGAUUUCGAUGGUACAAGAGUCUACAGUCCACCGGAGUGGAUCCGCUUUCACAGAUACCACGGACGCUCUGCGACGGUUUGGUCAUUAGGCGUGCUGCUGUACGACAUGGUGUGCGGAGACAUCCCCUUUGAGCAGGACGAGGAGAUCCUAAGAGGGAGACUGUAUUUCAGGAGGAGGAUCUCAGCUGAGUGCCAGCAGCUGAUCAAAUGGUGUCUGGCCCUGCGGCCCUCAGACCGGCCCACUCUAGAGCAGAUCUGCGACCACCCCUGGAUGAGGGCAGCGACAGAAUCACCCAAGUCACCGGAGGAGCCUGUGGGCAGCGACAUCCGCCUCAGGACCAUCGACACAGAUUCUUCAUCAAGCACAAGCUCGAGCAAGGAGAGCCUCUGAGGGAGGCUCUGAUAGACUUUUGUUGGGGGGGGGACAAAAAACAAAUAAGACUUUGUGGGGAAAGAAGGGGUGGGGAUAGAAGGACUGAUCUGCAGCCGGACCCUCUGACCCAGCAGGCCCGGAAAGAAAAAUGUACUUUAAUUUUCCUCUUUUGUAGGGAAUUUCUAAUUUAUUACUUAUGUGUUCUUUUUAUCUUAUAGUCCCCAUCCCCUCUUUUCCUUUCAGUUGAUUUUUACUUGUUUCCUAAUGGGAAACAUUUUGCUGUUUGGGCGGUCUUACCAGCACUAUUUAUUCCCCCCUCCCCAGUUUUAAACUUUAAUUUUACUUUUUUUGUUAUUAGGCUGGUAUAUACAGCUGGCAAGGCCCUCCUAUUCAGACAUGGCUGCUCUCAUAGAGCAUGGACAUAACCCUUUUAUUUAAAUGUUUUAAUUUUGAUUUUGGAGUGCCUUUUUUUGGAAAGCUGCUUUUCGGGGGCGGGGGGACUUUUGUCAGAAACUGUUCUCUUUUCCUUUGUUUUCUUCUUCUUCCUGGAAUAGCCCUCAGCGUGGCAGUUAAGUUGUCUCUGCUGUGAUGGAAGGGGUGUUUAGGCUCUUUUUAUUUGUUUGUUUUUGUUUUUGUUUUGUUCCCCUUCCUUCUUCUGUCCUCCCUCUCUCCAUCACUGUAAGCCAACCAGCACCCAGCUGAGAGGCUAAAGUAGAAAUAGACAGGAGAGAAGGAGGUUGGGGGCAUGGGGGCUCUUCCUGGCAAUGGAAUACUUGAAACACACUCAACUCGACUCUGUGUCGCUCUCUUUAACGCUGCUCACUCACUCUAUAGCCUGAACAGGUGUUUGGAAACUGGAUCCUGUCUUUUCUGAAUGUCUACAAAAUGUCACCACACAGCCCACCCUUUUCUCCCGCUCUGCCCUCAAAUGCCUGUUCCAGGGUUUAUAGCCCUCCUGACUUGUCUGUUCUAUAUAUACGCAUACAUUUUUAUAUUUUUUGCCUCCCACCAUCUCACUGCUUGACACUACAUAGCCCCCACCCCUGGCCUUCCUCAGGGUUUGGGGUGUGAAAUGCACAAUCAAUGCAAUAUUCAUGGACUCAAAUGUUUUGUUUUGUUUUCUUCAAGCAAAUAUUGUAUAGUGUGUAGUUCUUCUUUUUUCUCUUUUGUUUGUGUGUACAUUUUCUUCCCUCCCCCAUUUGGAUUUAAUUUAUUCGUAAACAUGUAGACAUUCCCACAGUCUGUGGUUAUUUAUUUAUUUAUUGUCUAUGCUUAAAAAUCUCCCCCCUUUUUUUUUUUUUUUUUUUUUUUUUUUUUUUUUUUUGCAUAUCCUACUUGGCCUUUGGUUUGCAUUCCUUUAUAACUUAUUUUUACAUUUCAACUUUUUUUUAGAUGUGGAAGAUGCACUGAAAGCGGUUGUCAUUGUAAAAGCAGAAUAAAACGUUUACUUAAAUUUGAAAAAGAGGAUUUUUGAAUGUUAUUUAAAUACUUAAAAAAGAAGUCUGUUAAUGUUGAAUGACUAAGUUUAAGAGAAAUCCACCUAGUUUUCUGUGCUGUCGAGAUUCAUUUGAGUUCUAUGGGGAGCUCGUACUCGUCACAUAGCCUCAUAUUCGGAGACCCUUUCAGUUUAGCUGUGUGACUUGUGGCUGUGAAGGAUGGAUGUCGCUAUUUUUUUAUACAAAAGUUUCAAUAAAAGCUCAUUUUUAUGUACAGAAAAUGA